AUGAGAUAUGUAGUGGUUGAAGUGUUGCUUCUGAUCUUAGUGGUUCUCUUAGAGUUGACCAAUGCAUCUGCACCUUGCGUUUCGUAUGAAUGGGUCGUCUCUUAUUCUGAACGUUCCAUUCUCGGAUCCAACAAGCAGGUCAUAGUGAUCAACGGAAUGUUUCCUGGACCGAUCCUUACUGCAACAGCAGACGAUGUUGUAAACGUUAACAUUUUCAACCAUUUGAACGAGCCCUUUCUCAUGACCUGGAAUGGACUGCGAAUGAGGAAGAACUCGUGGCAAGACGGAGUUCAAGGAACAAACUGUCCCAUACUACCGGGAAAAAACUGGACCUACAGUUUUCAGAUCAAAGAUCAGAUCGGAAGUUACUUUUACUUUCCCUCGCUUCUACUCCAAAAGGCCGCCGGAGGAUACGGUGCUAUUAGAGUCUACAGUCCAGAACUGGUCCCGGUUCCAUUCCCUCGUCCAGAUGACGAAUAUGACAUCUUGAUCGGAGAUUGGUUCCGUUCUAACCAUAGGGAUUUGAGAGCUUCACUUGACAACGGUCUCAGUUUAGCAACUCCUGAUGGUAUUCUUUUUAAUGGACUUGGACCCGAAGAGGCAUUUUUUGCAUUUCAACCAGGUAAGACGUAUCGGCUAAGAAUAUCAAACGUGGGUCUCAAGUCAACCUUAAACUUCAGGAUCCAGGACCACGAUAUGCUUCUUGUUGAGACAGAAGGUACGUAUGUUCAGAAACGUACAUACUCGAGCUUGGAUAUCCACGUGGGCCAGUCAUAUUCCGUUCUCGUCACUGCCAAAACCGACCAGGUUGGAAGCUGCCGCUCCUACUACAUUUUCGCUUCAACCCGGUUCAGUAAUUCCUACAGGACCGGUAUAGCUUAUAUUCGAUAUCCCAAUUCCCCUCUUCUCCCGGUCGGACCAAUUCCUCAAGGACCUGAAUCGUGGGAUUUCGCUUCCUCGGUUCGACAAACCCUAUCCAUUAGAGAGGACCUAAACGUUGGAGCGUCAAGACCGAACCCACAAGGCUCGUACCACUACGGAAGAGUUAACGUGUCAAGGACGUUAAUAUUUCAAAACGACGUCAUGCAAUCGGCGAACAAGCUCCGUUACGCGAUUAACGGCGUUUCUUUCGUCUUCCCUGAUACGCCGUUAAAGCUCAUUGAUCAUUUCAGGCUAAAGAACUCGUUCGUUCCCGACACGUUCCAGACUUAUCCUUCGAACAGACCGUCGAGUCUCGGGACUUCGGUGGUCGAUGUUUUGUACAGAGAUUUCGUCCACAUCGUCUUCGAAAAUCCACUAAAUGAGUUGCAAAGUUGGCACAUCGACGGUCACAAUUUCUUCGUCGUCGGAUUGGGAUAUGGAGGUUGGUCAGAGAGCAAGAGAUCAGGAUAUAAUCUAGUGGACGCUGUUUCACGGUCAACAGUUCAGGUUUUUCCAUAUUCUUGGGUAGCAAUACUGGUAGCGAUGGACAAUCAAGGGAUGUGGAACAUGAGAUCACAGAAAGCAGAACAAUGGUAUCUAGGUCAAGAGCUUUAUUUUAGGGUUAAAGGUGAAGGAGAAGAAGAUCCUUCGAAUAUUCCGGCUAGAGAUGAAUCUCCGAUACCGGAGAAUGUUAUUCGUUGCGGCAGACUACUCCAAUAA